AUGGAUGUGUUUUUAAUAAUAAUAAUAUGCGUUCUGGGAUUGCUAUUGAUGUACGUGAACAUAUAUCUACUUGCUUUAUAUUGCCAUCCUGAAGAUGGUGGAUUCGGAUCAACAUUAUUUUGUAAAAUAGUUGUUGUACUGGGAUUAAGCCUUUCUUGGUGCUAAACAUUGAUGUUAACUUUGGAUGUUACUAAUGAAAGAGAAUAAUAAGGCUUGGACAUGCAUUUAUGCUGGAUAAUCAUUUAUAUAUCAGUAUUUGUAAUGCUGGUAUUACUGAUACCUCUUGCCAUUUUUUAUUAUGAAUCAGACGAUGAAAAACCAAUUUGUCAAAGAAUAAGCUUAACAAUAGUUUAAGAAUUUAUGGUCCUUGUAUUUGCUUUCUUAACUAUUUUCUUAACCUAUUUCUGGUUAAGAGAUGCCUUAGUACCUGUUACUGUUUAAGUAUAAGAUGCGGCACUCCAAUUCGAAUCAAGUGAGAUCGAUCUUAACAUUGAUACCUUUACAAUAACCGAAGAAAAACAGGAUCACAUUGCUACAACUAUCGAUCCAAUCACAUUUACUAUCGGAUUGAUGUGCUUCCUUGGUUAUUUCUUCUUAAUUUUAUAUGGAGGCAUUGGCAUGGUUGCUUUGCCUUUAGACCUUGUGUGCUCAUAUGGAACAAGACCAAAAAGUGCUUCUUAAGCGACAGAAAAAAAAAAUAGAUUAAAAAGAUUAGUAGCCUAGAUGAUUGGUUAUGCCAAAUAAUUAAGAGACAUGGAGAAAGAUGUGAAAUGUGCAACUGGAUGGUGGUCAAGAAGGAAAUAAAAUACUAAAGUAGAAAAAAGAUAUUAGAAAUUGGUUUCUGCAGUUAGUGAACUAGAAGAAGAAUUUGAAAUAUUUUUGCUAGAAUUAGAUAUUGGUAAUGCCAAUCCAUUAGUUUACAUUUUUAAAUUGUUAUUAGGAAUUGUCUUAUUCAUCAUUACAUUAGCUUGGCUAUUACACCUAUUAUUGUAUGUAAUAAUAACCGUUGAUGGAAUCCCAUUUUCCCCUUGGUUAAAUAAGCUGUUUAUAUAAUUAGAUAUUUAUAAUGUGGCAUUUCUUUCUGUGUUUUUCUUUGGAUUGUUUACACUUUAUUUAUUAUGGUGUGUCACCAAAGGAAAUUUAGUAUUUUCAAUGCCAUGGAUUUUCAAAUUUCAUCCAAUGAAAAUAAAUGAAACUUGGAUGAACUCAUUUUUAUUCAACAUUGUUCUGAUUUUGAUCAGUUCAGUUGCAUUGUGCCACUUUAGUACUUGUGUCUUCUCUUAAUAUACGAGAUUAACAACUGUAGAUUUACUAUUCGGAACUCAAAUCAAAUAUCUGAAGAUCUUUAGUUGGGCCUUUGAAAAUAAAGUAUUUGAAUAUUCUUUAUUUUCUUGGACCAUACUUGCAGGAAUUAUUCAAAUGAUCAUGAAAUGCAGAAAACCAAAAUUACUUGAUUAAAUAGAUUAAAAGAAGAAAAAUUUGAAAGGAAACUACGAAAUUGAAUUAAAAGAACUAUUUCUGAAAUGA